AUGUUUGAUUAUAUUUUGGUGGCAAUUGAGGAGUUUAGAGAUUUUGAAAAACUAAAGAUUGAAGAACUUCAAAGCUAUCUGGAGGCGUAUGAGAUGAGGAUGUGGGAAAGAAAUCCUAUCAAACUCGAUGAGCAGGCAUUGAAGGAAGAGCAGAAUAAGGGUCAAGAAAAGGAGGCCUACAUAGCUCAAGAGGAGUCUGAUUCAGAACUCCUCAUAUUGAUCACAACUACAUAUACAGUAAGCUCAAACUCUCAAGAUAAAUUGUGGUAUUUGGAUUCGGGAUGCUCGAAUCAUAUGACUUGCCACAAAGAAUGGUUGGUAAAUUUUGAUGAAACCAAGAAGAGUAUGGUGAAAUUUGCUGAUAACAACACUUCAAAGGUAGAGGGAGUUGGUGAUGUUAUUAUUAGAAGGAAGAAUGACUCGCGUGCCAUUCUGGCUUGUGUGUUGUUUGUGCCUGCAAUAAGGUACAAUCUUCUGAGUAUUGGCCAGUUAAUUCAAAAUGGCUUUAUAGUAGCAAUGGGUGGCUUCAAUAAGGUUGAGGUGUUUGAUAAAAGAAAAAACUUGAUCUUGAGGAGCAAGAUCUCGAAGAAUAAAACAUUUUAG